CGCCCCGCGCAGUCACGGCGGCGAAGCUGCGGGUGUCCGCGGUGGCCCUGCGGAUCUUCCGCAGGAUCUCGAACUCAGGACCCCCCGCCCGAAACAUGCCCGGGCCUGGGCUCGGGGUCUGCAUCGUCGGCUCGGGGAACUGGGGCUCUGCCAUCUCCAAGAUCAUCGGGCGCAACGUGAGCAGCUCGGGCCGCUUCGCGCCCACCGUGCGGCUCUGGGUGUUCGAGGAGACGGUGGGCGGCCGCAAGCUGACCGACAUCAUCAACCAAGACCACGAGAACGUCAAGUACCUGCCGGGACACAAGCUGCCCCCCAACGUGGUGGCCGUGCCGGAUGUAGUGGACGCCGUGGCCGGGGCCGACAUCCUGGUCUUCGUCCUGCCCCAUCAGUUCAUCGCGCCCACCUGUGCCCAGAUGGCGGGACACCUCAAACCCGGGGCCUUUGGCAUCUCCCUCAUCAAGGGGGUGGACGAGGGUCCAGGGGGCCUGAAGCUCAUCUCCGACCUGAUCCGCGAGAAGCUGGACAUCGAGGUGAGCGUGCUCAUGGGGGCCAACAUCGCCAACGAGGUGGCCGAGGAGAAAUUCUGCGAGACGACCAUUGGCUGCAAGAACCCAGAACACGGGCAGAUCUACAAGGAACUCUUCCAGACGCCCAAUUUCCGGGUCACUGUGGUGGACGACUGUGACACGGUGGAGAUCUGCGGAGCCCUGAAGAACAUCGUGGCGGUGGGGGCCGGAUUCUGCGACGGGCUGGGCUUCGGCGACAACACCAAGGCCGCGGUCAUCCGGCUGGGCCUCAUGGAGAUGGUGGCCUUCGCCAGGCUCUUCUGCCGCCAGCCCGUGGCCACCGCCACCUUCCUGGAGAGCUGCGGGGUGGCCGACCUCAUCGCCACGUGCCACGGCGGCCGCAACCGCCGCGUGGCCGAGGCCUUCGUGCGCUCGGGAAAGACCAUCGAGGAGCUGGAAGGGGAGAUGCUCAACGGUCAGAAGCUGCAGGGCCCCCAGACCGCGGCCCAGGUGUUUAAAGUCCUGACGCGGAAGAAGGUGGUGGACAAGUUCCCGCUGUUCGUCACCGUCUACCGGAUCUGCUACGAGGGGAAGUCAGUACAGCAGUUCAUCGGGUGUCUCCAACAUCACCCCGAGCACAUGUGAUGGCCGCCCCCCGGCCCCAUAAAGGGAUCAGAGCCCCUCUCCCAGGCUAAGGUCGGGUCUUGGGGUUGUUUUCUCCCGCUCGUCCGGUCCCCACCUCCGGCGUAGGCCCCGUCCGGCCUUCGGCUCGCGGACGUCCCCCCCAAGUCCGGGAGCUUGGGAGACACCCCCGGCGUCGCCGGGGCCUUGGGUCUCGUCCCGCGGGUUCCGGCCCGAGGCCUCGGAUGCCACACGGGAGCAGAUUGGGAGGCAGGGAGGAUGCGGCCUCCUUUUUAAUCUGGGGGACAAAAGUGGGAAUUCUUUUCGACCGUGAGCCCGCCGUCGGGUAGGGACCGUCUCUAGAUGUUGCCGACUUGGACUUCCCAAGCGCUCAGU